GGCGGUCGCCGGGAACUCCCGGAAGUGGUCGCUGCUGGGGAUUCUGACUCCCGGUUUGCGAUGGGUUGCGACGGAGGAACCAUCCCCAAGAGACACGAACUGGUGAAGGGGCCGAAGAAGGUUGAGAAGGUUGACAAAGAUGCUGAACUAGUGGCCCAGUGGAACUAUUGUACUUUAAGUCAGGAAAUACUAAGGCGACCCAUAGUUGCCUGUGAACUCGGCAGACUUUAUAACAAAGAUGCCGUCAUUGAAUUCCUUUUGGACAAAUCUUCCGAAAAGGCUCUUGGGAAGGCAACAUCUCACAUUAAAAGCAUCAAGAAUGUGACAGAACUAAGGCUUUCUGAUAAUCCCGCCUGGGAAGGGGAUAAAGGAAACACAAAGGGUGACAAACACGAUGACCUCCAGCGGGCACGUUUCAUCUGCCCCGUUGUGGGCUUGGAGAUGAAUGGCCGGCACAGGUUUUGCUUCCUGCGGUGCUGUGGUUGUGUGUUUUCUGAACGAGCCUUGAAAGAGAUAAAAGCAGAAGUUUGUCACACGUGUGGGGCUGCCUUCCAGGAAGACGACGUCAUCGUGCUCAAUGGCACCAAGGAGGAUGUGGAGACGCUGAAGGGAAGGAUGGAGGAGAGACGGCAGAAGGCGAAGCUGGGGAAGAAAGCAAAGAAACCCAAGGCGGUAGAGUCUGUCUCAAAACCAGAUGUUAGUGAAGAAUCCCCAGGGCCAUCAAAAAUAAGACAGGGAAGCCCUCAAGAAACCAGCCUCGAGCCCUAGAGAGAAGAGAAAGCCAGCUCAGCCCCAAAAGUGCAGGUGGCAAACGGGAGCUCUUCGGGAAAAGUCGGGAAGCCUCUGUGCGGAGCCACAAAGAGGUCCAUCGCCAACAGUGAAGAAUCUGAAGCUUACAAGUCCCUCUUCACUUCCCACAGCUCUGCCAAGCGCUCCAAGGAGGAGUCGGCCCACUGGGUCACCCACACGUCCUACUGCUUCUGAAGCCCGUACCGCACCAGGCGCCCCGCAGGCCCUGCUGGGUCUCUGCGGGGGCGGUGCUGUCCCCUGUGCUCUGCCGGCCCUCGGCGUGUGCGCGGUGGGGACGUCGCCCUCCCAGACCUCGGAGCCGGCGUGGUCGCCCUUGCUAGCGAGGGGCGCGGGUUCCCCGGGUGGCCGUGCCGUCACCUGCCCGCCCCCUCCCGCAGGCCCCGCGCCCGCUUCCCCCUGUAGAUGCGCCUGUCCCCCCAGCACCCAGAAAGACGCAUGGGCUGCACUUUCUAUGCUGAAAAUCAUU